AUGGCCGCUCCCCAAGAAAAGGCUGCUGCGAAUGCAGCGACGCUGAACAUCGACUCGCCGCCCGGGAGAGGAAUCGAUGAGAAGCUCGAUGCAUCAUCUGAGGAAGGGGCGAGGACGCUCACUGCUGGCCUUAGCGACCACGACAAACAGAUCAUCGAGAGACAGACGGAUGCCCCAAAGCUCAAUGUUGGAUACUUCGCGUUGUUUCGAUAUGCAAACAAGAAGCACACGCUGAUCAUGAUUGUUUCACUCAUUGCAUCAAUCGCAGCUGGAGCUGUGAUGCCCUUAAUGACACUCGUAUAUGGUAACUUCGCAGGAAGCUUUACGAGCUUUUCCGUGGACGCUACCGCGGCAGAACACUUCAAGAGCCAAACCAACCAGUUUACACUGUACUUUGUGUACCUUGCCAUCGGUUCAUUCGUUACGACUUACAUUAGCAUCAUUGGGUUUUCUUACACUGGAGAGCAGAUCACCAAACAGAUUCGAGAACUUUACCUCCAAGCCAUCUUCAGGCAGAACAUCGCUUUCUUCGAUUUCCUAGGAUCUGGAGAAGUCACCACCCGUAUCAGCUCUGACAUGAACCUGGUCCAAGACGGCAUCGGCCAAAAGAUCGGUCUCUUCGUUUCCGGCGUGUCUAUGUUCGUCUCGGCAAUUAUCAUUGGUUUCAUCCGGUCCUGGAAGCUGUCUCUCAUCAUGCUGUCGGCCACGGUCGCUCUUGUGCUUAUGAUGGGAGUCAAUGGAACCUUGAUGAAGAAGAAUCAAACACUUGCGAUCGACGAGAACGCUACAGCAGCAUCGUUGGCCGAAGAAGUCCUUGCAUCUGCCCGCAACGUGGCAGCGUACGGUACACAGAGGCGCUUGCAAGAGAAGUACAAGAUCAUGCUCGACAAAGCGACUGGGUACGACUUCAAAGCGAAGCUCUGGCUGUCCAUGAUGAUUGCCGGAAUGAUGGGCGUUCUCAACUUGCAGUACUCUCUAGCGUUCUGGCAGGGAAAGCGAUUCCUCGACAACGGCGAACUAGGCGUUGCGAACAUCCUGACAGUCGUCAUGGCUACUAUGAUCGCUGGUAUCUCGAUCGGUUCGAACCUUCCCCAUCUCCAGGCCUUCGGCGGCGCCACAGCAGCGGCAAACAAAGUUUUCAACACUAUCGAGCGUAAAUCGCCUAUCGACCCUGAGGCCGAGGAAGGCGAGAUUCCCGGUGACUUUGUAGGCAACCUGGAAUUCAAAGACCUCAAGCAUGUCUACCCCUCUCGGCCAGACACCGUUGUUCUUCAGAACUUCAAUCUUAGCGUCACCACUGGCCAAAUGGUAGCAUUGGUAGGAGCCUCUGGGUCCGGAAAGUCAACCAUCGUUGGUCUAUUGGAGCGCUUCUACCUCCCCAUGGAGGGUCAGAUCUUUUUGGACGGCAAAGACAUCAGCACACUUAAUCUUAGGUGGCUGCGACAACACAUGGCAAUCGUGAGCCAAGAGCCCGUGCUCUUUAGCACCACUGUCUACGAGAGUAUUCUCCACGGAUUGGUUAACACCGAAUAUGCCGACGCAUCUGACGAGAAGAAGAUGGAGCUGAUUGAAGAGGCUGCCAAGAUCGCGAACGCACACGACUUCAUCAUGGAUCUGCCAGAUGCUUACCAGACAAAGGUUGGCGAGCGAGGAAAUCUGUUGAGUGGUGGUCAGAAGCAACGUGUUGCCAUCGCCCGCGCUAUCGUAUCGGACCCGAAAAUAUUGCUCCUUGAUGAAGCUACCGCAGCACUUGACACCAAGUCAGAGAGCCUCGUUCAGGAUGCGCUCGACCGCGCCGCCAAGGGCCGUACCACCAUCGUCAUUGCCCAUCGCCUAAGCACAAUCAAGAAAGCGGACAAUAUAGUGGUCAUGGCCAAGGGUGAGAUUGUCGAGACCGGCACGCACGAGAGUCUUAUUCGCGCGCAUGGGGUCUACGCAAGUCUUGUCCAAGCUCAGGAGCUUACCCAGAAGAAACAGACUGGCAAGCGCCUUUCCGGCACCGAGGACAUCGAGAACGAGAAGGCCGAUGAGUUCGGGGGAGAGAAGCCUGCACUUAUGCGUACCGUCACAUCUGCUCCAUCGAUCUUUGCAAAGAAGGAAGAGGGAGAAGAGCUGUACGGUACUUGGGCUCUCGUCAAGUUUGCCUGGGAGAUGAAUACUGGCGAGCACAAAACCAUGGCAUUUGGUCUGAUCUUCAGUUUCCUCGCAGGCUGCAACCCGGCUAUUCAGGCCAUCUUCCUUGGCAACUCGAUCAACUCGCUCUUAUCGCCUGGUACAUCACUGGGAGGCUAUAACAUUAAUUUCUGGUGUUGGAUGUUCUUCAUGCUCGGUCUUGUCAUUGGAUCCUUCUACUUAGCGCAGGGUAUGACGCUCUCCAGGGGUUCUGCUCGCCUCAUUGGCAAUGUUCGACAGCGUGCUUUUGCAGCCAUGCUUCGACAAGACAUGGAGUUCUUCGAUGGCGAGACAGUCACCUCAGGUGCACUGGCUACCUUUUUGUCCUCUGAAGCCAACCGUCUUGCUGGUCUCAGUGGUGCCACCCUCGGCACGAUUGUCAACUCCACAGCCUCGAUUAUCGUCGCCAUCAUCGUCGGUUGUUCGUUCGGCUGGAAGCUUGCGCUUGUCUGUACCGCUACCAUUCCGCUCAUGUUGGCUUGCGGUUACUUCAGAUUCUAUGCCCUCAUCCGCAUGGAGAAGCGCAACAAGGAGACUUCCGAGGCCGCAUCUUUCGCCUGUGAGGCAGCAUCCUCGAUUCGUACUGUCGCUACACUUUCUCUUGAACAGCAUCUCCUGCGCGAGUACCACGAGAAACUCGGCAAGCAGGCUGCUGGAAACGUCGUCUUCAACAACAUCUCGGCUUCCCUAUACGCCACAUCGCAGGGUCUCUCCAUGCUGAUCUUCGCCCUCGUAUUCUGGUACGGUGGCCGUCUUCUGCUCGCACAAGAGUACACAGUCCUGCAAUUUUUCAUCGUCUACUCCGCCAUUAUCAACGGUGCCCAGUCCGCUGGCGCCAUCUUCUCCUUCGCCCCUGACAUGGGCGAGGCCCGCGAUGCCGCUAAGCUGCUCAAGUCUUUCCUCAACCGCAUGCCCAAGAUCGACCAUUGGUCCCCCGACGGCAAGAAGAUCGAUCGUCUGGUUGGCAAGGUCGAACUUCAGGGCGUCCGCUUUACGUACCCUGGUCGCCCAGACCACCGCGUUCUCCGCGGCAUUGAUCUUACUGCUGAGCCGGGGCAGUUCAUCGCUCUUGUUGGCGCCAGUGGAAGUGGCAAAUCCACAGUCAUGCAGCUCCUCGAGCGCUUCUACGACCCUAUCACCGGCUCUGUGCUUGUUGACGAUGUGGAUCUGCAGGAGUACAACCUGCAAGACUACCGUGCACAGCUUGCUAUUGUGAGCCAGGAGACAACACUGUACACGGGCACCAUUCGCGAGAACAUUCUUGCUGAUAAGGAUAACAUUCCCGAAGAGGCGAUUGUGCAGGCGUGUAAGGAUGCGAAUAUUUACGAAUUCAUUAUGAGUCUGCCAGAUGGUUUCAGCACGCUCGUUGGUGCAAAGGGUGCAUUGUUGUCCGGCGGGCAGAGGCAGCGCCUUGCUAUUGCGAGGGCGUUGCUGAGGGAUCCUAAGGUUCUCCUUCUCGACGAAGCGACUUCCGCUCUCGACUCGACAUCCGAACGCGUCGUCCAGGACGCUCUCGACUCCGCCGCACAAGGACGCACUACAAUCGCCAUCGCGCAUAGACUUUCAACCAUCCAGCAUGCUGACGUCAUUUACGUCUUCGAUCAGGGCAAGAUCGUUGAAAAGGGGAGACACGACGAGUUAGUGACUAAGAGGGGUGUUUACUUCGAGUUGGCGAGGCUGCAGAGCAUGGGUGCGCCGCAAUAG